UCGUCUCGCUCUCAUUUACAUGAUAAAUGUCAACAUUAAUUAGCAAAACAAAAGAAAUCAAUAAUCAUUUUUUUACAAUUUGCAAAUACAUUUUUCUUCCUUAAGAGCACAAAAAUAGCAUUAAAAAAUACAAGUUUUUUUUAGAAUUUUUACAAAAGUUUUUGAACAAUUUUACCAAAUUUAAACAAGCCAAAAGAAAAUUAUACAUUUAAAAACGAAACAAACAAUAAAAAUGCAAGAUGGUAGACAAGCAGCACAACAGUAUCAGGAACAAGUAUUACCCGAGCGUAUGGCCGAAAUGGAAGUGACCCAACGACCUCAACCACCACAAAGACUAAAUCUCAAGAAUUCAUUGGCGUCGAGCAGAACUAAUAGCAAUGAUGAGACUGAACCGGAGGCCAGAUAUGAAUGUGCCAUUUGUAUGAGUUGGUUAAAGGAACCUGUGCUAACUACUUGUGGUCAUCGUUUUUGCAAAACCUGCUUGAACAAUUGGCUGCGCAAAAAGAAUCAAUUAUGUCCCAUGGAUAAUCAGAAACUAGAGGUGGAUAAAGAUGUUUUUCCGGAUAACUAUACGCGCCGUGAAAUACAACAGAUUAAGUUAAAGUGUGAGCAUAAUAAGACGGGUUGCACAUUUAUAGGUUCGCCCUUGGAAAUGGAACAGCACAAGCUAGAGUGCCCCUAUCGCUGUGAGGAGGAGCCCAGUGAGGAAAAGUGUCCCUUUGCCAGCAUUAAAUGUGAUUUUGUGGGACGCCCCGAAACCAAUGCCUUGGAAAUGCAUUUAAAAGAAGAUAUGCCACAUCAUUUGCAAUUAAUGUUGAGAUCUUUACAAAACACAGCCAUAGCCAGCUGGAAUCCACAAAAACCUGCUAGAGGACAAAAUGGUAGUGGAGCAGAGGGAGCUCUGCCACCACCACCACAAUAUGCCAAUGGUGAUGGCGUGGUUAGUGAGGAACAACUUAUACAGGCCAUGUAUCAGCGUAUAGUGGUCUUAGAGCAAAGAGCCUUCGAGCAAGAAGUCAAAAUAGAAAAUCUUACAAAACAACUGGUGGAGACACACCAACAAGUGGAUGCCCGCUACAGCAAUGGCACCAUAGUCUGGGAAAUUCGAAAUUUUCAAAAUCUUAUAAAUUACCUGCGUUCCAAUGCCAGUCAUCUAAAAUACUCCCCCGAAUGUUAUACUUCACCCUAUGGCUAUAAAUUCUGUGCCCGUCUCAAUAUACAACCCCGUAAUACAAAUCUUUUAAGUUUGCACGUCCAUCUAAUGCAAUCAGAAAAUGAUAUACACUUGGAAUGGCCCUUCAUAGGACGCAUUAAGUUGUGUAUGGUUCAUCCCAGAGACAUGAAGCUAUCACAACACGAUACCAUUAUGACAAAACCAGAAAUUUUAGCUUUUCAUCAGCCGCGCGAACGUAUUAGUGCCCGGGGUUUUGGUUUUGUGGAAUAUGCCAAUAUAGCGGAUAUCGUUAAGAGGGGAUUUUGUGAGGAUGAUCGUUUACUUAUUAAAAUACAAAUAAAUUUAGUCUAAAUUCAAAAGUAAGUAAAUAGGUUUGUAAGGUAUUUAAAAGGAAUUGCUUUUAACAUAAGGCAUUAAAAGGAAUUGUAAGAGAAAGUUUAUAAAAAUUAAAAAGAAAAUCCUAAAAAUAGAAAUUCUAAC